ACCCUCGCACUCGCGUCCAGUCCCCAGGCCGUAUUACCCAGGGAUCACCACGCGCCAUACCACAAUUCUGUUUGUUCUUUCGAAAUGGCGGCCCCAGACGUCGGAAAUCCUAUUAUUCGGAGGAAUCGACCGGGUACAAAGGCUUGUGACAUGUAUCAGUGGCCAGAUGAACCAUUUGAAGAGAUGGAUAGCACACUAGCUGUACAACAGUAUAUCCAACAGCAGAUCCGCUGUAAUUGUGAGAAUGUUGAUGCAAUUCUUGAGUCCCCUGAGGGACAGGAUGAGGGAGUCUGGAAAUAUGAGCACCUAAGGCAAUUUUGCAUGGAGCUUAAUGGGCUGGCAGUUAAAUUGCAGAAUGAGUGCAGCCCAUCAACAUGCACCCAGAUGACAGCUACAGAGCAGUGGAUAUUCCUGUGUGCAGCUCAUAAGACACCCAAAGAAUGUCCAGCUAUAGACUAUACCAGGCACACUCUUGAUGGUGCAGCCUCCUUACUCAAUAGCAACAAGUACUUCCCGAGCAGAGUAAGCAUCAAGGAAUCAUCUGUGGCAAAACUCGGUUCCGUCUGCAGACGUGUGUACAGAAUAUUCUCACAUGCAUUUUUUCACCAUAGACAAAUCUACGAUCAAUUUGAGAACGAGACUCACUUAUGCCAAAGAUUUACAUCAUAUGUCCUGAAGUAUGACCUGAUGGCAAAAGACAACCUCAUCGUUCCAAUGGACCCUCAGCCUGCCACUCCGCCUGAUAAAGUAGAGGAUUCAACACCUGUGGAGAGUUCUGAUGGUGCUGAGGACAACUGCAGAUAGAAACAAACUAUACUAGACUAAAUAAGGGCAACAUUUUACUCGCAAGUCAUCCUCUAUUAUCCAGGCACAUACAUUACUCAGGGGGAGGUGGGGGGGCUUGGUAGCCAAAAAGUGGGUCAUUCUUGUUAAGAAAUCUCCAAAUUCUAUGCUUUUCCAAUAUGAUAACUAUGACUGCGCACCUCAGCCAAAUCCUGGAUACACGCCUGUUAUCUUCUGAUAAAAACAUAUUAAGGAGUCCCAAUUUAAUAAGCCCAUUAGGGAGAAAACACUUGCGGAGUAAGUCACAAAGACAUCAUUGCUUUUGAACCUUCUCCGCUUGCUUAGUCCAGUGCUAAUAAUGAAUAUGGUGAAUACCAAGGUGCUGUUAUGUGUACAAGCUUUCCAAAUAUUUGCAGAAUAACAGUGGUUGAAGAUCAGUGAUCAAUCUCCCCUAUGGGCACACAGUUAUCUAUUUGACUAAAUUUAUGUAAAUAAACUAUUAUUGAAUGAUC